UACUUCAGCAGGAUCACAGUUCCACUUCCUCCUCUGAGCCUCUGCCGCAGGUCAUAUGACAGCUGGUCACACAGACCAGACCUGACGGACCGAACCAGCUGCUGAACCUUAACCAGUGCAGAACCUGAACCCUCUGCAGGACGUCUCUACUCCUGAGCUGCGGUUGGACCCGAAGGAGCGAUGUCUGUGGUGAAGCUGAAGGAGUGUCGCCAGAGGAUUCGCACAGAGCUGGACAGCGUUGUGGACUUUUGGCUCAAAUACUCUCAUGACGCUGAACACGGAGGCUUCUUCACUUGUCUUGGGAGGGAUGGGAAGGUUUACGAUGAGCUGAAAUACGUCUGGCUGCAGGGUCGACAGGUGUGGAUGUACUGCCGCCUGUACCGAACCAUGGAGCGCUUUCGCAAGCCUGAAAUCCUCGAAGCAGCAAAAGCUGGAGGAGCAUUCCUCAGGAAGUUUGCUCGUGUGUCCGGCGGCGGCGGCCGGUGGAAGUGUGCCUUCUGCUUAACAAGAGAUGGUAAAGCAGUCAAAGUUCAGAGGACUAUAUUCAGUGAGUGUUUCUACGUCAUGGCCAUGGAUGAACUGAGCAGGGUCACUGGUGACAUGGACAUGCAGCUGGAGGCUGAACAGAUGAUGGAGCAGUUGAUCUACUGGGUCAGGGAGGACCCGUCUGGCCUGGGCCGGCCCCAGCUUCCUGGAGACAUUCCCAGCAACAGCAUGGCAGUUCCCAUGAUGCUGCUGUGUCUGGUGCAGCAGCUAACUGAAGGCCGGGGGCAGAAGGUGGUUCAGAAGUACGGAGAUCUGGGCAGCUGGUGUGUCCAGCAGAUUCUACAACACAUACAGAGAGGCGGCACAGCUGUUUUAGAGAACGUGUCGCUGGAAGGAGCAGAGCUGCCGGGCUGCCAGGGCCGGCUGCAGAACCCAGGCCACGCUCUGGAAGCCGGCUGGUUCCUGCUUCAGUUCAGUGCAGCGCUGGGGGACGAGGAACUCCAGAGGACCGCCAUUAACAAGUUUGUGGAGCUCCCUUAUCAGUACGGCUGGGAUAAAGAGCACGGUGGCCUCUUUUACUUCCUGGAUGUGGAAGGUCACUGCCCUACACAGCUGGAGUGGAGUAUGAAGCUGUGGUGGCCUCACUGUGAGGCGCUCAUCGCCUUCCUGAUGGCCUACAGUCAAACCCAGAGGCCAGAGCUGCUCCAGAGAUUCUCUCAGGUUUACGAAUACACCUUCAGCCACUUUCCGGACGCUAAGAGCGGCGAGUGGUUUGGCUAUCUGACCCAGGAAGGGAAAGUAGUGCUGGACUUUAAAGGAGGCCCCUUUAAAGGGUUCUUCCACGUGCCUCGCUGCCUGUACAUGUGCGAGCGUAUUCUGGACGAUCUGCUGUUAAACCAGGAUUGAGCGAUCUGACGGUGGCGUUAUAAUGAUGAUGGGACUGAAUCUGAUGUUUGGGGAUGUUCACUAAUCAAACCACAAUAAUCAUGUCAAAAAGCAAAACUGCACUAAUUUUCAAACCUCAUCACAAAUAUCCAGUGACUGAGCGGCUCAUUAAAUUAGUUACUACUGCAUACUGACAUAUAUCAGCAUUCACUGUGUACUAUAUACAUGAUGUUACUAUGUUAACUGUUAAGCACCAAAAUACCAAAGCAAUUGCUUUUAUGUGUGAUUCUGAAUAAACCGUAGGCUUCUUUAUAUAUCUUCUGUGGAAGUUUGUAUAGACAUUAAUGUAAGAUCUGACUACAUCAUGAUUUUCUUAUUUUUUCUUUCUCCUUUUAAUUUGCUGAGAAAAUAUCCAGCCGUUCCUAUUGUUAAGAUUCUCUGCCAUAAUUAGGGGAGAGCGGGGUGAGUUGAGACAAUUUUUACUUGAGGUGUCUUUAAAGCGAGGACAUGACAGUACUUUCUCCGACUAAAAUAUGAACAUAUAUUGUAGGAUGUGGUGCAUCCCUGGAAAUAAUCAAUUUGGAUCUAAAAUAAACUG